GUGUGUGUGUGUGUACUUGGGUUGGGACUUGAAUGUGAAAACCCACAGACUUCAGAUGUUUGUCAAGCCACGCCCUCGCCCUUGAAAUGCUGCGAAUGCCAUUGCCCAGUGGUGAUCUCGUGACACUGGCAUCAGGCGCAUCGUCGCCAGGCAACCGUCCUGGAGUCUGACACCGCUGGCUGCAACAUGAACGUGAUCUAUCCACUGGCUGUGCCCAAGGGGCGCCGGCUCUACUGUGAGGUGUGCGAAGCUCCAGCUGAACGGAUGUGCACAGCCUGCACAGUCACUUAUUACUGCGGUGUGGUUCAUCAGAAAGCUGACUGGGCCAGCAUCCAUGAGAAGAUCUGUCAGCUCCUGAUUCCGCUGCGCACUUCCAUGCCCUUCUACAACUCAGAAGAGGAGCGGCAGCACGGCCUCCAGCAGCUGCAGCGGCGGCAGAAGCAUUUGAUUGAGUUCUGCUACACCGUAGCCCAGAAAUAUCUCUUUGAAGGAAAACACGAAGAUGCUGUGCCAGCAGCUUUGCACUCCCUUCGCUUCCGCAUGAACGUGUACGGCCUGAGUUCAGUGGAGCUCGUGCCCGCCUACCUGCUGUUGGCCGAGGCUAGCCUUGGUCUGGGCCGGAUCGUCCAGGCUGAGGAAUAUCUAUCCCAAGCCCAGUGGACAGUCCUCAAAUCAACCGAUUGUCCUAAUGCCACCCACUCUUUACUGCAUCGGAACCUGGGACUCCUCUUUAUGGCUAAGGAAAACUACGAGGAAGCCCGUUAUCAUCUGGCCAAUGAUAUUUAUUUUGCCAGUUGUGCAUUUGGAACAGAGAACAUCAGGACCUCAGGAGGCUACUUUCACCUGGCUAACAUCUUCUUUGGCCUUAAUAAGAUGGACCUGGCAGAUACGCUGUACACCAAGGUGUCUGAGAUCUGGAAUAAAUAUCUGAACAAUCACUAUCAAGCCCUCUUACGGGCUCGCAUCCAACAAUUAGAUUUGCUGGGCAAACGAUUUGAGACUGACACUGGCUUGGAUGAAGCACAGGAAGCAGAAGCCAUUCAGAUCCUCACUUCAAUCUUAAACAUUCGAGAGUCUACAUCUGACAAAGCUCCGCAAAAAACUGUCUUUGUUCUGAAAAUCCUGGUCAUGCUUUACUACUUAAUGAUGAAUUCCUCAAAGGCACAAGAAUAUGCCAUGAGAGCCUUCAAUCUAGUUCAAGAAAAACAGCUCAGUGUCCAGGAACAAAACGCCAUCCAAGAAUUACUAAAUCUCAUCUCAGCUCAAGAAGCUCAGCCCAUGACUUAGUGGCCAAU